GUCGUAUGCAAGGAACUCUGGGUAAUGUAGUCUUGGAAGCCUGGAGGCACGAAACUUGCUGAAGUGGAAGGCAGCGGAGAGGGAGCUUGCUGGGAUAGAAGCCAGCAGACAAGGAGGUCGUCGAGGCCAAUAUCCGGGAGACGGAAAUCCCGGGAACAUUGAAUGGGUCGCGGAGCUGGUCGUCUCGGGCAUAAACUACGUCCGUGUAGCGACGAGACGAUACGGAGUGAAAGGAAACUGCAGGAAACUCCCAUUUUUACGCACCCCCCUUAUCACAUCGGGGCGGGAACUCCUGCACGCUCCUGCAUGCAUACACAAACGCUCUCACGCACUCUGGUGCAAACCCAGCUGUGUCUGUCUGUCUCUCUCUCUCUCUCUGUGUGUUUAGACCUCCCACCUCACCCCUCAUCUCAGACUGAGGAAAAGACUACACAAUCGCAGGCAGAGUCAGCAGCAGCAGCAGUAACAGCAGUGGCAGUGGAGCCGGGAUCGCACACUUUUGCUGUCAUUUUAACUUAGCGUUUUCUGAGCAUCUAAGUAAAAUGAGCCAAGAGCUAACAGCAGAGGAGAAAGUCCUGAAAUGGAGAGAGAGGAACAGGGCCCUGGCGCAGAGCUUGACGGACGAGGAGAAAGUCUUCAGGCAUAGGGGGAUCCUGUACCCCACCAUCAUGAGCCCCCCGGAGAACCUGGAGGCGCUCGGGACUCUGGAGGCGAGGCAGGAGGACGUGGUGCUGGUGGCCUAUCCAAAGUGCGGAUUUAACUGGUCGGCUGGGGUUUUACGUAAGAUCAUCACUACAGCUACAGGAAAGAAGUUCACAGGCGGCCCUCCUCACAUUGAGUUCCUGACUCCAGAAAUGCAAACGGCCUUGGCAAAAGAGGCGUCUCCAAGACUCAUGGCAACUCAUCUGCAUCCUGAUGACAUGCAUCCUUCUUUUAAGGAAAAGAAGGCAAAGAUUCUGGUGGUGUGGAGGAACCCCAAGGACACACUCGUCUCUUUCUAUCACUUCAUGAACAACACCCCAGGGUUGCCCAACGUCGAGUGGGACAAGUUCUUCACAGACUUCAUGAAAGGAGAAGUGCUCUAUGGUUCAUACUUUGACCAUGUUGAAGCCUGGGAGAAGCUCUUCAAUGACCCGAAUGUGAAGAUGAUCACAUAUGAAGACCUAAAAGAGGACCUGAGUGGGGGCAUCAGGCAGAUCUCUCAGUUCUUUGGCUUCCCCCUGACUGAGGAGCAGGUCCAGACCAUCUCAGCUCAGAGCACCUUCAGUGCCAUGAAGGAGGAUGCCGUCAAAACCCAUGGCAAAUUCAGCACCAUGUUAUUCCGUAAAGGUGAGGUGGGUGACUGGAAGAACCACUUCAGUGAGGCCCAGAGCCAGCAGAUGGCCGAGGAGUUCAACAAGAGACUAGCAGGAACCAAACUGGGAGCCAAACUCAAAUACGACACCUACUGCAAGUAGGGAGAAGACUGUGGCCACAUUUGUACUCUUUGUAAUAAUGUAAUAAACCUAUUGCAAGUAA